AUGGAACCAGAAUUAGAACCAGAGUCGCAGCCAGAGUCAGAAAUACGAUCAGAACUAUCAAUCUCGAAAUCAACAUAUCAGAAAGAUAAUGCCAACCAAAAGAACACAUUUUUCCAGGAACGAGAGAGAAAUUGGUGGGAAAAGAGAGAAGAUUCCUUAAAGAAGAGAUACGAAGCUUGGAAUCCAACUAGAAAAUUAUCAAGACAAGCCAUGGAUGAUAUAAGAUCAUUGGCUCGACAAAUGCCCCACUUAAAAACUGUGGAUUUAGCCAAUCAUUUCAGAAUAUCUCCAGAGGCAAUCAGAAGAAUUCUAAAAUCCAACUGGGUUCCAAAUGAAGAUGAACAUCUCUCAAUAAUGCAAAGGGCUGAAAGAAGAAAAGUACAACGGAAAGAAAUGAGAAAACAGGCUGAACAAGUUGAAAAAGAAGAAAAGAGUGAGAAGACUGCAAGGACCAAGAAUUAUGUAAAAAGUGUUGAUUUAUCAAAUGUCUAUGUUAAAGGUCAAAAAUACAAUCCACAUAGUCCAAAGGUUCUACCUCCUUCGUAUGCUACUAGGAAAAAUGGUAAAGUUCUGAAUUCAAUUCGACAUAAUCGAAAUUCUUCCAAGCCAAAGCAGAAACAACCUCAAUCAAGAAAACCAUUUACUACAAGUGUUGCUGAUAUACUUGAUUAA